UUCUGUUUGGACGUGGAAAUUCUGAUUUGGAUGGACGGCUUCAAAUUAAUAGCAUUAGAGCACUGUUUGGUCUUCUUUCUGCUACCAGAGUUCUAAUAGCAUUAUAGUACUGCUUGAUUUUAAUUUCGAAGCUAGCGACAAGGAGCUUCUGGGGGCUGCAGCUUCUCAUUAUCGGAACAGGGAGCUGAUUCCGGACGGCGGCAGGAGACAUUUUUUUCGGCCGGCGGCAACUCCCAUCGGAAUCUGACUUGACUGAAUCAGCUGCAUCCGGUUCCAUCCAUUUUUUUAAAACACUUUUGUAGUUUAUUUGUAAAUCCAAACUCACUCAUAGAUUGCUAAACAUUGUUUUUCUUUAUAAUUUACUCAGUAAAACUUUAGAUUUGGGUGUUGCAUGUUUUCAAGGGUUUGAUGAUCACUAUGGUCUUGUUUUGUUCUAAUAAUCUUGUCUUCCAAUUCAAUUCCUUACCCAAAAAAAAGAUUCACUUAUGUUGUAGGUGGUGUUUAAUUAACAAAGUAUUUGACUCCCCUAUAACUAUCCCUUGCGGGAAUGACAAAAAUACUUGCUACUUACUAAGUUACUAUAACAAUACACCUAAAAAAGUAAUUAAUCGAUCUCCUUUCUUAUACUAUUGUUCUUUAUCACUGGCUAGUUAAUCAUGAUUUACUUAUAGUCACUAACUACUUGUGUACGUGUAUUUCUAGUAAUACGGUCGAUGGGAGUGUGGAGAAAUGGGUAAUACUUUGAAGGAAUUGUGGAGCAAGAAGACAAUAUUGAGUCUGGGUUUGGGACAAGCUCUGUCUCUUUUAAUCACAUCUACUGGCUUCGCAUCCUCUGAACUAGCCAGAAAAGGAAUUAACGCCCCCACUUCUCAGUCUUUCCUCAAUUAUGUGCUCUUGGCGUUGUUCUAUGGAGGCAUCAUGAUAUACCGAAAGAAGCCUCUCAAGGUGAAAUGGUAUUAUUAUAUCAUUCUCGGUUUGGUUGAUGUAGAGGCUAAUUUUCUAGUUGUGAAAUCUUAUCAGUACACGUCUCUAACAAGUGUCAUGCUACUGGAUUGUUGGGCAAUUCCAUGUGUCAUGCUUUUUACUUGGAUUUUCUUGAAGACGAAAUACAAAAUCGGAAAAUUCAUUGGUGUUUUUGUCUGUGUUGCUGGUCUUGUGCUGGUUGUCUUUUCAGAUGUACAUGCGGCAGAUCGAUCAAGUGGGAGCAACCCUAUCAAGGGAGAUGUACUUGUAAUUGCUGGAGCAACACUGUAUGCUGUGAGUAAUGUGUGUGAGGAGUUUUAUGUUAAAAGUGCUGAUACAGUUGAACUCAUGGCACUUUUGGGUGUCUUUGGUGCCAUCUUCAGUGCUUGCCAAAUAAGCAUACUUGAGCGCAAUGAAUUGAAGUCUAUUCAUUGGACAUCGGGAACAACAUUUCCUUUCAUUGGAUUUUCACUGGCAAUGUUUUUAUUUUACUCAGGAGUUCCCAUCUUACUCAAGAUUAGUGGCUCAACCAUGCUGAACCUGUCCUUGCUAACAUCUGAUAUGUGGGCUGUCUUUAUUCGCAUUUUUGCAUAUCAUGAAAAGGUUGAUUGGAUGUACUUUGUUUCCUUUGCUGCGGUUGUUGUUGGGCUCAUUGUUUAUUCUGGAGCGGCAGAGGUUGCUGAACAAAGGAAACAACCUGACGAGGAGGUUGGUUCGGGUCACUUCAUCCAAAAUGAUGCUGCUGCAACUAGCAAUGCAUUAGGUGCUGGUGUGAGAAACGAUACAUUAGCAAAGAAGUGAGAUUUCGAAUUCUGUUUUCUUGCCUUGGCCUAUGUUUUUUUUUUGUUCGUCAACCCAUUCUUCUCUCGUCCAUAAAGUGAGACUUUCUCUGUCUCCAAAUAAAAUUUUUACUCGUAGUUUUUUCUUUUGAUUGUUUCUCGUAAAUAAAGUCCUCAUUCUUUUUUUAAGGAAUAAAUUGUGGUUGCCUUUGUUUCUUUAAAUUCCAAAUUCUCACACACAAUCCCAUAUUAUGUACCAAAAAAACACAAUCCCAUACUAGGGUUUCU